UUGUUUCUAACAGCAAUCGAUAUAUCACAAACAGAGGUGGAUGAUAUUGAAGAUGAGCUAAUGGGCUAUAUCGGAAAUUUGUUUUAUGGACAUCCCGAAACAGAAUUUGUUGCCGCAAUUAAUCCUUUGUUUAUUGAUGGAAGUUAUGAAUUUUACUUGGAUGAGGAUGGAAUCACUAAAGAAAGAAUGAAGGUUGUUGAGCCGAAUUUUAAAAAUUAGUAAAUGGAAAUUCUAUAAAUGAAAAAACUUUAUUGGAAAAUCUUUAUUGGAAAAUCUGUACUUUUAUGGGCCCCCGAGAUCGACAAUCGAUGUAUAUACCAUUCGAUUAAUCUGGCCGAACUAAGUGAAGCUAAAUC